AUGCUCGUAUCCAGACACACGAACAGCGACCUCUGCAGCUACUUCCGCGCACGAGCGAGCCGUCCUCAAAUUCCAAGAGAACGGCAAGUUGUACACACACGCGGUUGCUGCUGGCUACGUCGGACGGCCCGGACGGAUAUUCCAGCCCAGCUUCGCAGGGUUUCGCUCGGCGAAAGACGGCCCCUGUUUGUGGGUGGAAGACCUCCGACUGUGACUACGGGCGCGUGAUGCGCUGGAGACAUGGCUGUCCUCGUUGGUGCGCAUUUGUUGUUCAAGCUGGGUGGCCCUGUUCUCGAGAACGCCCGCUUGAAUUUUCAGCUGCGGUUGUAGUGUGGAGUCGAGAAGGGAAGAUACCGAGGCGGUUGAUUGGGAGAUUGCUGAACGCAGUUGGUUUGCUUCAUGUUUGCGGGCACGCAUGUUAGAUGUCAUAAACGUUUGCGACGCGUCCUCUCGAAUCUCUACCCUGAUGUCUGGCGGUAGACCGUUCUCAAACGAUGCAAUGAGUGCUUUGUCAAGUGCGUGUUCGUGAGCAGACAUGUUGGGUGGUGCGGUCCGUUCGGCUUCGGAGUCUAGAGUAGGUUCGUGAGACUCUAAUCGAAAACAAAUCGACACUCUCGAUAGGCUUCGCUUGGAGCGUCAUGGCCUCGCGUGCGAGAAGCGCGAUUCUGAUCGUGCGCGCAAUGAGAGUAGUCAUAGCAUUGACCCAUCGUUUCCAGGUUUUCGGAGGAGAGAUAAUGACUUGCUCACCUCGUGCACGAACUGCGGCUACUUGCUGUUCCGACCGCCACUCCAAGCUGGAGGUUAGAAUGCGAUCAAGCGUUUGUGCAGCGGCGCCUUUCGUUAUGAGGCGUAACUUCUUGAUAGCCCUACGGUCGAUGAUGUCAUCCGAGGUGUUUUCGGGCAAUGAGAGGCGAAUGUGCGUGCGAUACUGCCCCAUGAUUUCGGGUACAUCUUCCGAUGGGAGACCCUCAAGUUUCAGAGUUGACGGAACCUCGGAAGCUUUGAGAUUGCGAAAAGUAUCUUGAGUUGCGCGAUUGCGUUGCUCGUGUGUGUGAGUGGCGAGAUCGUUCUGCUGCAUUUGUGACACGUCUCCACUUUGCUGGGAUGAAGGUGUUACAUUCGUCUGCUGUUGCUGUGACCCAGUUCCACCUUGCUGGGGUGAAAAUGCUACGCGCUGCUGCUGCUGCUGCUGGGGUGAGACAACUUGCUGAAUUGCUGAAUGAUCGGAGUGUCAUCAGAACGCUCGGCAGAAAAAUAGGACUCUAAACGGCGUGGUUUCACCUGGGUGAUUGCUGUGGUUUGCACCGGUGUUUUCAUGGCGAGACUCAUAAUCCAGUCAUCCGGCUUGACCUUGUCGUCUCUGGCUUCCCUCAAGCUCUCCACGAUGAACUGUGCCAGAAGUUGCGCGAUGGAAGCAGACGGCGAGGACUCGGUGUCGGUGGAUUGCGAGAGUUGGCCAAGGACAUCGGAGAGGAGUGUGCGAGUGGAAUCGGUCGGACGGGUUCCUCCGCCUUCCCGGCUUCCAUCGGCUGGGUCAUCCUGUGUGUCCCCGGCAAGCGCGGAGUAACGGUUGUUAGGAUCCACCAUUCCGCCUCCGGAGCUGCCACCUCCAUUGCUGGAGUUGCCACCUCCAGCGUCGGAGUUGUCGCCUCCAUUUUUUGGGUUGCCACUUCUCCAGCGCCGUCACGUGCAACGCUAGCAUAGUCUCUGGAGCCGGGUGACGAAGAGUCAACGUUGGCAAGGGGUCCUUUACCCUUGUUGAACGAUUUCUCCCCCGAAUACUGCUGGGACUGCUGUGUAGGCUGCUGUGCGGGCUUGAGUUUAAGUAUGGCUAAGGGGGUCUGAGGAGCACCGCUACCGGCGCCCGUGCCCGCCUGCUGGUUCGGACCGGCCAUGUUGUCUUUCCUCUUCUGAUUGUUGCCCAUGUUGGAAAAAUAGGUGAACCGAGGAGAAAAACACACAGAGACCGCUCUUCGUCGAAGCCAAUUCGAAUACCCUCAACUUCGUGUGAGCUGAGGUCCCCAAUUUGGCGAGGUGGUAUAUGCCUACCCCCGGGGGAAGGCCAGUUUCCUCUGUUGAGAUGUGACGAGGAAUGUCAAGCGGUGACCGAGCGUGCUCGGUGAAGGCUAGGGUAAGGUUGCGAGUGGGCGUUGGCCGAGACCCUUCUUGGCUCUCGGUACCAACCAUAAAGAUCCACCCCGACUCCUGUCGGAGCAGAUAACCCACCGAGCAAAGAUCCAGAGUAGAGCGAUGGAUUAUCGUCUGUCGACGGUUCCUUACUCCCUUCGUAUGUGUGUGCAAGUUUAAGAAGAUACGAAUAUCCUGGCUUCCACAUAAUCGCCCAAUUGAUUUCUGAUUUUUGGCUUCUCUUCAGUUCAUUCAUUGUCUCAUUCUUGAAAAAAUCUGAUCCUUCGUUCCUUGCACGGGUCAAUCAUCCAUCAUGGACAUGACUGCUCAUGGCAUAGCUAGGUACAAUUCCAUUCGUCACUAUCAUGCGCUGGUUCCACAUUCUUUGAAGGGUAUACAACCUCGCAGUACAGAACAGCAGUACUGUCUUAGUGCUCCGUGUUGGCAAAUAGUUUACUAGCGCAGAAAAAUCAGUUUCCAUUGAAAUACACAACUCCUCUACAAGUUACCUUGCCUGUUGUACUACAAACUCAUCACAUGUUUUCAUAAAUUUACUGCCUAGAUAUUCAUCAAGCUGAACAAGCUUGAGCCCCUCAGUCAUAAGAAUAGACCCAUCUGGUUCUUCGUCGUUGUUGUUUUCCUCCUCGUGCUGUUGCUGUUGUCUGACGUGAAGUUCUUGAUCGCUUGAAAUAAAUCCAGACCCAGCCUCUGAUGAUGCCAUCGUCCAGGUUGUUUGUUGUCGUUCUUGGUAGUGAUCGGUGUAGCCGUCUUGUUUGUUGGUAGUCGUAGUUGUUGUCCUUGUCGUGAUGGUUGAUCGGUGGUGUGAUUGAUACAGCAGUCGUCGCACCAGCCUUCUCGUACUGUCCAUCUACAUCUGAAACAGUCGUCUCCGCAGUUCCACCGCAUGAAAUCUCCUAUUUCGUAGAUCUUCCUUGUUCUUGAACCAAUGUCCGAAGUUUGGUGAAUUGGACACGUUCCAGAUGCUUGGUCAAUAUGUCCGCAAGCUGCUCCUCACUCCUCACGAACUUCAGCAUAAUAUUUUCCUUGUUGACGUUCUGGCGAAGUAGCGUAUCUCGUGCUGAUGAACUUGCUGCGGCCUCGAAACAGAGUUUCCUGCUGUGCUCAUAGCUCCCGUAGAAUCCGAAUGAAUCGGAAUAUUUCUGCACGGGAAUCCAAGCUCCGAUAGUACACCUUGCAGAUAGGUGGCUUCCCUAGCUGCUAUAGCCAUCGCAAUGAUCUCCGCAUGUACGCUUGAUUGAGCCAUUUGCUUCUGCAGAGUUGAUGCUGCGCUGAUGACGCCUCCCGCCAAUAUGAAGAUGUAUCCAGUAAAAGAACGCUUCUGAAGUCUCUCGCUCGAUCGAGCGAAGCUCGCGUCACAGUAGCACUUCAGGUCCCAUUGUCCUCCCCUGAACUUCAGUGGCAUAUCGGGCAUCCUCGAAGGUAUCUCAGCACUCUCUUUGCUCCGGCCAUGUGUUGAUUGGUAGGCUUGUUCAUCCCUCUGCACAGGAUCAUCACGGCAUAUCCAAUCUCCCGUCUCGUUGUGUUCGUCAGGAAGAAAGAGUAGACUUCCGACAAUUCCUUGGUAGAGUUUCUUGUCCUCGCUCAAGUAGAUAGUAUUCUCCGGCUCUUGUUCAAUUUCCGGUCCGCUCCCUGGAGUUGCUGCUGGUUUGCAAUCCACCAUCUGGUACUUGUCCAGAAUAUUCAUCACGUAUUUGUGUUGGCUCACAGUGAUUUCUCCGUCACGUUGAGAAAUCUCCAUCCCUAGUAAUAGUAGUUCCGCCGGUCCUCCAUCGGUCAUCUUGAACUUGUUCGAUAAUUGCUAUAGUCUAAGUCUUGUACAACACUUGGUGUCCUUCCGGCUUGUGUGCAGUCGUCCACGUACACACAAAAUAUCGCAUAUGCCGGUCCAGCUCCGUACACAUAUACGCACGGGUCACUCAGUAGAGCAGUAAACCCGAUUUCUUUAAUCCCUUUAGCAAAUGCGUUGCCGAAGUUCCGAGGGCUUUGUUUCAGUUCGAAUAAGCUUUUCUUGAGCUUCAUGACCAGCGGUAGUCCCGCAACUUCAUCCGUUAUUUCGUAUCCUUUGGUUUGACGACCGUUCACUUCUUCUUCCACGUUGCUUUGAAGAAAUGCAGUUACCACGUCCAUGGUUUCCACAACGUAUCCUCUGUCCGCUGCAAUCGCCAUUAAUACUAACUGCGAACUGAAUCGACUCACAGGUUCUCCAGCUGAUGGCGCCUUGAUCCUUAUCUCUUGGCCUUGAUUCUGAUGAUCUUGAUUCACAAAGGUAGCCAGUCUGUGCCAAGGCGAUCACCUCCGUAGCUCGGCUUGUUGUCUUUUGUUGUUUACCUCGAUUUGGUGAUCCAUGCUCCUUCCAGCACUUCGCAUAUUCAUGCGGAUUGUUUCGUGUUCUCGUUCUGGUUCUUGUUCCUGUUCUUGUUCUUGUUCUUGUUCUUGUUCUUGUUCGAAAUCCUCAUGUGUUCGAAUUAUCCAUUUCCCCCUCGUUUCCCGGUGGCGAAACUGGCCCCAGUCGAUCCGUAUGAACCCGCUGACACGGCUGAACAGCAGUAUGCUGUGCCGUUUUGGGAUGUUUCUUCUACGUGCUCUGCUGAAUUUUGCACGUCUCGCACGGUUCCAUUUUGUCCGUAAGCUUUACUCCAGUUUCUUCGAUACGCGCAGCUGCCUCGAUGAUGUUGUUGUGGCGAUGUCCCAAACGCGAUGCCAAAGGUUGUAGGGCUCCGCGCGUGUAGCAGCCACACAUGCUUUCUCGUGCCGUCCUAAUCCUGGAACCACAGUGCACUUGAUCCGCGAUCUCCUGUCGUUUCCAUCUUCAUCAUUGGCGAAUACGCUGAUGAUGCCUGUGCUGAUCCCUUCAAGCUUAACUCCUCCAGCACCAAUAAUCUUCAUGGGUGUGAAGAUGUACUCGGAGUCUUCCAGUAUGUAGUCCAGAUCAGGUGGCAAAUCGCCGUCCAGGUUGUGACGUAGUGCGGACGCUCCUGUUGGGCGUAGACCCACUCAUGACCUCUUGAGCGGUGGUAGCUCUGCUGACAGUCCGAUUGUCAUUGUUGUACAGUCUUGGAUUGAAGGCGUAAGUAGCGCCCCUGUCUUGGACAUGUUGACGAACAUUGAUGGCCUGUCUUGUUCCUUGUGAUCCAUCUAUGAUCGGUCCGCCGCGUCCUGUCGCUGUAGUUCGUGUACCAUGACUCUCUUGUUGUUGAGCACGACAUUCCGAAUCGUCGUGUAGAUGAAUGUUAUGUAACGAACACCAUUUUCGCUGCCGUUGUUGUCUCUGGCGGUGGUCUUGUGGCGUAGAACGGUUUCUACCUUGUCGUUCAGGUCGUCUGGAUCUUGACUGUUGCUGAUAUCCGUUGUUCGAUGCUCUGAACCCACUGUUGGUCCGUGACCGCGACUGGAAAGUAGAUCCAUUUCUCCUGAUUCCACUGCUGCUGUAGUUCCUUUUGUAGUUCCUUGCAGGAGUUCGAACACCCCCUGAAUGCAGCUUUGAGCAGUUCCGUUUAAUAUGUCCAAAGCGGUGGCAGUGGUAACACUCGACGGCAUCGGUGUUGUUGUUGUUGUUGUUGUUGUUGUUGUGUUUGUUUUGUUGUUUUUCUUCACAUUGAACUCGUGUCGGUUGCUUAUCCCAAAAUCUAGCAAAGACUCGGUCCGUGGUCACACAAAUGCUAGAGCCAUCAGAAGAUCUUAAGAACACACACACUAUUAGCAAGAAAAGGAUACGCAAGCCCGAGGAUGUACACCUGCAAUCCCUGCAGCACGUUUGCAUGCUCA